AUGUAUAAGCUUUUUAGGAAAAUUUUAACUGGAUUGUUUAAGCUCUUAUCAAUUAUUAGAUGUCUGAGAUCAACUAUAGUUCAGUACGUUGCAUUCAAUCCCCCAGAAGUAGGUUAUUUGAUAAGAAACAGAAAUGAAGUGAUUAAGACACUUACUCUGUCUCCUUUGCAUGAAGAAAGAUCUAGGACUUUAGAUGAACCACAUUCCCCUUUAAUUCAAGCAAAAUAGCCAACAAGACAGUCAUAUCAAUUAACUAAGGAACACCUUUCUAUAAUUUCUCCAAAAAUAAAAUACUAUAACACUCUGUAAAGUGUAGAAUAUAAGUAACAACUAAGAAACCCAAAGAAUUAAUAUUAAUAUCCCUCACAAGAGUUUAAUUUUAUAAGCAAUGAAUUGAAAGCUAUGGAGAUUGAUAAUAAUCCUGGAUUGCCUAUAUCUAGCUAUGUGUUGGAGUCCUAGUCUGGCAACUUGAUUGCAUCUAUUUAUAUUGAAUUUUCAGACAGUGAAUAGAUUAUUCUCUAUAGUCAUGGCAAUUCUACGGAUAUCGGUUUGAUGUUCGAUACAUAUGUUGAUAUCGUCAUGGAGUGUAAAAUCAACCUAUUCUCCUACGAUUAUUCAGGCUAUGGAUAAAGCACUGGCUACCCCACUGAUAUAAACUUACUCUAUGACAUUGAAUCCGCAUACAUCUUUCUAAUUGAUCAAUUGCAAUUCGAACCAAGAAAUAUCAUCAUCUAUGGCUACAGUAUUGGAUCUGGACCAAGCACUAACUUGGCCUCCAGACAUGAGGUGGGAGGCUUGAUCAUUCAUUCUGGUUUGUCAAGUGGAUUGAGAGUCAUUGACCCUACCAUUGAUCACACAUCAUAUAAUGAUAUAUUUCCUAAUCUUGAUUACAUAGUUGAUGUGUCAGCCCCAGUUUACUUACUUCAUGGAGGAGCUGAUUCUAUGAUUAAUGUUGUUCAUGCUGAAUAAUUGGCUUAAAAGGCAAAACAUUUAUUCUCUGUUUGGCUAGUUGAACAUGGAGGUCAUGGAGACAUUGAAUCCUAAUGGAAGGAAUUGUAUUUCAAGAGAUUAUAGAGAUUCACUCGCAAUGUAUAUUUAACGUUAUUUUAGAUUGUUAAACUGCAUAUGUUAUGA